AUGGCGGCCGCUAGAGUCAUGAUGUCUGCUAGCAGUAUCUCCACAUCAUCUAUGUUCUUCAAAGCCGCGACCACUCCAUUCUCAAAACCUAAUAGAUUAAGACAUUGCUUCAAUACCCACAACAGAUUAGCUUCAAAUUACAGAGUCUUCUUCGUCGAUGAUUCUGGCAAAAAGAUUUCACCUUGGCAUGAUAUACCGCUGCACUUGGGUGAUGGAGCAUUCAAUUUCAUUGUUGAAAUCCCCAAAGAAUCAAGUGCAAAAAUGGAGGUUGCUACUGAUGAAAUUUAUACCCCAAUUAAGCAAGAUACAAAAAAAGGGAAACUUAGAUAUUACCCGUAUAACAUUAAUUGGAAUUAUGGGUUGCUUCCACAAACAUGGGAAGAUCCAUCAUUAGCAAACCCUGAUGUAGAUGGUGCAUUUGGAGAUAAUGACCCAGUUGAUGUGGUUGAAAUUGGUGAGCUUGAUUGGAAAAUUGUUGCAAUUUCAUUGGAUGAUCCACGGGCCCCACUUGUGAACGAUGUUGAUGACGUGGACAAGCAUUUCCCUGGGACUUUAACUGCAAUUAGAGAUUGGUUUAGAGAUUAUAAAAUCCCUGAUGGAAAACCAGCAAAUAAAUUUGGACUUGGCAACAAAGCAGCUAAUAAGGAUUAUGCUUUGAAGGUGAUUAUGGAGACCAAUGAAUCAUGGGCUAAGCUUGUGAAGAGAUCAAUUCCAUCUGGGGAGCUUUCCCUUGUGUAAAUAUGAAUUUUCCAAAUAAUCAUUCUUUUUGGAAAAAAAAGUUCUUGAAUUUAUGCCAACAUAUAAUAUUGGAGCCUAUGUCAUAUAGAGACAUAUGUGAUUUAUUAGGUUUGUUUGGUACGAGGAAACAUUGAAAUGUUAUCACAAAGAAAGGGAAUAACAAAGUAAUGGAAUGAACAUUCAUGUAGUCGGAA